AAACAAAAACAAAAACAAACAAACUUCACACUCUUCCUUUAUCUUUUGCUUAAAAAGUUAUAAAUCUUCUGGAAAAAGAGAGUGAACUCAAAAAAAAAAAAAAAAAAAAAAAAGAGAGCAGAAAUGUUGAUCCCAGUUAAAGUUUCUCUUCUCUGAGAUUGUCAAAGUAGUUUUAUUUUAUUCGUUUUCAUCAUUUAUAAUUUCCCAGUACAGAGAGAGAGAGAGAAAGAGAGAGAGAGAGAGAAAGACUGAAUUAUCAUUUCUAUUAUGGGUGGGGUGACGUCAUCAAUGGCGGCCAAGUUCGCGUUCUUCCCUCCGAACCCACCGUCGUACAAGCUGGUAACCGACGACCGGACGGGCCUGUUGCUGCUGAGCCCUUUCCCUCACAGGGAAAACGUGGAGGUCCUGAAGCUUCCGACGCGGCGGGGGACGGAGAUUGUGGCCGUCUACAUUCGGCACCCCAUGGCCACCUCCACUCUCCUCUACUCUCACGGCAACGCCGCCGAUCUGGGCCAGAUGUACGAGCUCUUCAUCGAGUUGAGCAUCCACUUGCGUGUUAAUCUCAUGGGGUACGACUAUUCUGGGUAUGGCCAAUCAUCUGGCAAGCCAAGUGAGCAAAACACAUAUGCAGACAUUGAAGCUGCAUACAAGUGCCUUGAAGAAAGCUAUGGAACAAGGCAGGAAGAUAUAAUCCUCUAUGGCCAAUCUGUUGGAAGUGGCCCAACUUUGGAUCUUGCUUCUAGGCUUCCUCAGCUAAGAGCUGUCGUUCUGCACAGUCCGAUUCUCUCCGGUUUGCGAGUCAUGUAUCCUGUAAAGCGUACAUACUGGUUUGACAUUUACAAGAAUAUUGACAAAAUUCCACUAGUUAACUGUCCUGUUCUUAUAAUUCAUGGCACUUCAGAUGAGGUUGUUGAUUGUUCCCAUGGGAAGCAACUCUGGGAACUGUGUAAAGAGAAGUAUGAACCACUAUGGCUUAAAGGAGGGAACCAUUGUAAUUUAGAGCAAUACCCUGAGUACAUUAGGCAUCUUAAGAAAUUUAUAUCAACUGUUGAGAAAUCUCCUUCCCAGAGAUACAGUUCUAGGAGAAGCACGGACCAAUAUGAGCAGCCGCGGAAGAGUACAGAUGUGUUUGAAGUUUCAAGGAAGAGUACUGAUAGAAGAGAAAAGCCACGGCAGAGCACUGACAGGCCUGAGAAACUGAAGAACCAAUUCAGCAAUGCUGAUAAGUUAGAAAAGUUAAGGAUGUCGUUUGAUCAUAUCGAAAGGUCUCGGAGAAGUGUGGAUUGCCAUGAGAAGUCGCGAAAAAGCAUUGACCACCAAUUGGAGAGAGCAAGGAAGAGUGUUGAUCGUUUGGAUAGAAUAAGAACUGGGUAAUUCUUCUUUUUCUUAGUCAUAUAUAUCCAACCUCAUAUGUAAAACUUAAGCUUGGGUUUGUUGUUGUGGGGAAAAAAUAUAUAUAUUUGGGUCUUUCAUCUAAUUUAUGGUCUUCUUCCGGCUGUGUAAUUCGGCUUGUGGCAGUUCUUUAAUAACUAUGGUAUGAAAUGAGAAAGGGUUUGAUGUUAUUCAUUUCAGAAAUACGAGGAAAAAUGAGUAAAGAAAACAUUGGUACAUGAAGUCA